AUGGGAACCGCAAAAGUUACCAACGGCACCAUCCGACCGUUACCGCUCGUGCGCGGUACGGUGCGCAAGCGGACGGCGCCUGCGCCCGCGCGCCUGCGCACGAGUACGCGCGAGUGCAGACGUCCGUGCGCAGGCGCGCGGGCGCAGACGCCCGUUCGCUAUCGCGCGGGCGCAUAUGUCCCUGCGCAGGCGUGCGACCGCGCACGCGUUGCGCAGACGCCCGUCCGCAGGCGCGCGUGCGCAGGCGCAGUCCGCUUGCGCACCGAGUCGCGCACGAGCGGUAACGGUCGGACGGUGCCGUUGGUAACUUUUGUGGUUCCCAUCGUGGGUGACAAAACCUUGCUGGUGUGGGAGCUGAGCUCUGGACCCACGGCCAAGGCCUUGCAACAUUCUCUGUUCACAGUCUUCUCCCAGUUUGGCCUUCUGUAUUCGGUCCGAGUCUUCCCAAACGCAUCAGUGGCCGGUCCUGUGUUCUAUGCCAUCAUCAAAGUUUAUUCAGAAAGGGAUCCCCACAGAGCCCAAAAGGCAUGCGACCAGGAGCAGCUUUUUCAGGCAUCUCCAGUGAAGGUUCGUCUCGGCACCAGACAUAAGGCGGUUCGACAUAAUACGCUUGCCCUGGACAGCUCCAGAUGCCAAGAAUUGGCAAAUUACUACUUUGGUUUCCAUGGGUGGUCAAAAAGGAUCAUCAGGCUUCAGGAUCUUUCUAACCUUGAAGAAAGGGAAAAUGAUGAAAUUGUGACACCACUUCAGAAGCAAAGCCUGAAGUUCUUCUGUGCUUUCAAGGUGGUGUUGCCCUCCCACGAGUGCAGGAGUCCUGGAGUUGGCAUGGCUGAGGAACCUCUGGAGAAGUUGGAGGAAGGGUCAUUGUCAUUCCUUAUGAAAAGGAAGGUAACCCAGAAGCUUGCUAUUCACAAGGCUAUGACAGAUGCAUUCCGGAAACUGCUGAUUGUGGUUUUAGAAAGUGGUAAAAUACCUGUGGCAUAUAGACCCUGUGAAGAGGUCACAGAUGCUAGAACCGAAGAGGAACAACAGGAUUUAAUUCAAUCCAGAUGUCGGCCCCGCCUCAUCAGGAGUUGACUGAGACUGAGGUUCCACACGCGGACACGGAUUCGGUUGGGGAGCUGCC